AUGACUCGUCCAACGGUCGAGCCACUCGACCUUCGAAUUCGAUCAGCAGCGAUGACCACAACAACCGCCAGUACUGGAGUUGAGUACUAUACUUCCACCAAAGUCAUCACCCUCAAAGCCGGUACCACAAACAGCCACACUACAGUGGCACCACAAACAAUACAAAUUGCCCUUCCCACUUGCAUCCAAACCAUUACGCCCGACAAGAACGGCCAUGUCCCUGCUGGAACUUGUAACGCCCUUUGGGACUACUAUCCCAGUUUUGGCGCGGCUCUGGUCUUCUCUGCUUUGUUCGGCCUUUUGGUCAUAGCCCAUAUCUGGCAGGCAGCAGCAUACAAAAAGAAAUUUUGCUGGGUCAUCACCAUGGCUGCCAUCUGGGAGACCGUCGCAUUCACCUUUCGGACUUUGAGCACGCGCCAUCAGCAAAACACCACUUUCUAUCUCAUUUUCCAGAUCUUUAUCCUUCUGGCGCCUUUAUGGGUCAAUGCCUUCGACUACAUGGUUCUAGGCCGUAUGAUCCACUUCUUCAUACCAUCACACAGCCUCUUCUCCAUACCAGCAUCGACCCUCGCAGUUGGCUUCGUCUCGCUCGAUUUCGUUUCAUUCAUCAUCCAACUCAUCGGAGGCAGCUGGGCGGGUCCAACAGCUCCCGCGGCGAAACAGUUGCAAGGCAUUCACAUCUACAUGGGCGGCAUUGGUCUCCAGCAAUUUUUCAUUCUCAUAUUCGUCGGAUUCGGCGUCAAGUUCCAACGGGAAAUGCUAGAGCUCGAAAGACGAGGAGUGCCUGCAAAGAAAAAGUGGAGGGGCCUGUUAUACACGCUGUACACAACCCUGGGCUUGAUCACGGUGCGGAUCAUUUUCCGUCUCGUCCAAUUCUCUGCCGGAGACACAGCUUCCAAUCCGCUGGUAUCCUCCGAAGCUUUGUUUUAUAUCCUCGAGGCUGUUCCGAUGGUGUUUGCUGUGCUGUGUUUCAACAUCAAGCACCCUGGAUCAGUCCUGGUGGGCCCAGACUCUGAAUUGCCCGGGUUCUUCGCCACCGUCAUGAGUGCGUGGCGUAGAAGGAAGGGAAUGGAACCGCUCAAAGAUGAUGGGGAGCUCGAUGACCUUGUCAGGUCUCGAGAGAACAGCAGAUCGUAG